CAUACCAUUAUUGAAAGAAGGGGUAUAUUAUUGUCAGCCAUCCCUGCUUCGGCCAUGUAUUUGGCGGAUAUCAACUUUGUAGAUACGGAAGUCGAUUUUACACACUAUGUGUUAUUUGAGUAACCGAAAUAGUCAAGAAGGAACAAACUCUGGGAAAGAACCGUCCGGUUUUGCGCGCCCCGGAAUUCCCUGAACUUACAAGCACACUUGGCCGCCGCCGUGCUCGGAUCCAGCUGGUGGCUAAUGAGUUGAGCUAAGGAGAUUUUACCUGGCGGCGUAAAUACGGCUUAACAAAAAGACUUUCCUGUCAAAUCAGGCGAGACGGCAAAGAGGGGUCGAACAUGUUUUCGACUGCACCGACAGACACCCGCCGCGAUGGCCCCGAGGACGACGAAAAGUCCCCGCAGACAACUGCAACAACGGAGUACUGCGCAAAGUUGCAGGCGUGGAUGUGGCAGUAUCACUGCGGCUACGCCAACUGGCAGAGCUGGCUCGCCCUGUCCGCCUUCCCCUUCGCCCCCGCGUGUGGCCUCCCUGCGCCGGGGGCAGGCGGCCGGGUGCCGGGUGCACCUGCGGCGACCCCCGGCAGUGGGCGGCAGCAGGCUUUCGACGCGCCGAACCGGUACAGUUACCCGUAUCCCGUCGGGUUCCCCGCGUCCCGCCCUCACCCGGGUGGCCCGCAAGCGGAGCAGACCUCAGCCGCGGACCCCCGGUCGGCCCAGCUGCAGAACGGGAAUCCUCCUCGGGCCGGACGGGAGUACACCAUCCCUUCUCCUCUGCAGAGGUUCCUGGCUGAGACCGUGGACUUCUUUAUCCUGUUUUGUGUGAAAGCCACCAUUGUGCUUUGGGUCAUGCAUCUGAGUGGAAUGAAAGACAUCGCCAAGUUCAUCACCCACUUCAUUGUGGAGGAGAUCGACGAGAACACGUCCAUGGAGGACCUGCAGAAGAUGAUGGCCGUGGCUCUGGUCUACAGGGUGCUGGUCUGCGUCUACGAGACCAUUUGCAUUUGGGGCGCUGGUGGCGCCACACCAGGGAAGUUCCUGCUCGGCCUGCGGGUGGUGACGUGUGACACAUCCACACUGGUCCGACCGAACAGAGUCCUCGUAGUCCCAGCAUCCAAAGUCUCCCUCUCCGCUUCUACUGUGCGGGCCCUUAAUAAGAACUUCUCCAUUGCUUUCCUCUUUCCCGUCUUCAUCACGCUCCUCUUCUUCCAGCACAACAGGACUGUGUAUGACAUUGUGGCAGGGACCAUCGUUGUGCAGCGGCGAGGGGGCUGAUGGCCUCCUCUCCUCCGGCAGCAGACUCUCCUUAUUUGACAGGUCAAUGAAAACGGCGCUACGGGCCCAUGUGGGGCGAGUGUCUUUAAGUUCUACCAACAACCAAAUCAAUGCGCUGGCCAUUUCAUCACGAGGACUGGCCUUUUUAAUUUGAUGCAAAGGGGCUUGGGGCCUGGUUUCUAGGCAUCAAAAGAUUCCUGCUUUGAUUUGUUUUUAUUUUCAUCACUGAUUCAUCAAAUAUGUUGUCAGGAAACCCUCUAAAGUAUUGUGAUUUUUGAUAAGUAAAAAAUAUGUUCAGCCUAAAAUGGUGCGGUCCUGUUUCGAGUUGUCUCGAGGCCUCAUAUGAUGUGAAUCUUUAUAUGCUGUCUCAUUUACUAAUUUAUUUUUGUGGUGCUUACUGUCCCUGUGUAGGAUUUAAUUAUUAAUCUUUUACAAAGCACAGGCCGUUUCAACAAUCUGACAAUUUUCUUAUUUUUAUAAUCACAGUUGUACUACUCAUAAGGAUUUAAAUUAAGGAGAAAUCAGGUUCUAAAAGCAGCAUAUGAAUGGAUGAAUUGUUCUUUUCUUCCAGGUGAUAAAUGUGAAUCAGCUGUUUUGGUUUUCUAAUGAUUCUUUUACAUUUCAAUUAUUCUUAACCACUCGGCCAGAAGAAAGAUAAUGCCAGUUCUUUGUGCCUUUUUAAAAAAAUAUUUUGAUGAAGUAUUGGUUUGUUUUAAAUGUGUGAAAACUUUUCUGAGGUUGAAAUGUAAGAAAUGAUGUUUGUGAAUUCUUUGCUCAUGUUUUCAGAGCAAAGAUUUUGCAUAACGGAACCACUGAUUGUCUCAACUGCACUAUUCAAUAGCACUGCUCAUCUCAGAUUUCUACUUAAUAUGCAUUAUUUAAAACUCAUGUUAUAAUGUUAGCACUCAAGUUUGAAGUUUACUUGAAUCCACGGUAUGGCCACUGAUACAUAAUCGCGGUUAUAGUGUGAAGUGUUACGUCUGCGGUUGUAUUUUUCUCAUGGUCUUGAAUAUAAAUUUCUCGAAAGACAAUCUCAUUAAAAUUUGAUUUAAAAAAAUGUAAA